GAUGCCAGUGUGGGGUGUGGGAGGAGGGUAAUCGGGCGGGGCGGAGUCAGGUGCAGAGCUGACUGCUUGCUGCUGUGGGCAAUGUGGAGUGUAUGAGGAGGGGAGGCAGAAGAUUUUGAGAGAGAGAGAGAGAGAGGAAAGAAAAUACACAGUGACUUUAUAUCCAUCCAGGACCCCAUCGAGAACGGAGGCAGCGGAUACACCAAGUAGCUGAACUGUCCCAUGCAGCUGAGCUUGAGAUUCCCUGAAGGAUUUUUGUAGCGUGUUUUUAUUUAAUGAAGAAUUCUGGAGGGAGAGAGGAAAAAGAAGAGAUGGGAAGAAUUUAAGGGGUCAUCGCGGACAGGGGAUUUUCUUUUAUAUUUCUCCUGGCUGGUGGAUUGGAGUGCCAUACCGAGCCCCGGCUACUGCUGUUGGGGGACGGGGGUGUGGGGUGCAGGGACUGACAUUAGCCCGGGUUGGGGCCCCCUUCCCCCCGGGGAGGGAAGAGGAGGGGGUCCUCAGCUGAUCGGCGGCGCUGGGGCAGCCGGCUCCCCGGGGCUAUGGGCUCACCAUCAGCCGCUGCCCACCUCCCCAGGGGCGACACUGCCGCCUGAGCAUGGAGACCCCGCCGCUUCUCCUCGGCAACCUGUCGCUCGGAGCUGCCGGCACCGGCCAGAGUCGCUGGCCGGCCCCCAGCGCCUCCCCUCCCGGCUCCGGAUCGCCGUCCGUCCCGGUCAAGAUCCUCCUGGAAACCAUCAUGGUCCUGAUGUGCCUGGCGGCGAUUGCAGGUAACGUUCUGGUGAUCACCAUUAUUGUUGUGACUAAACAUUUCCACUCAGUGACCUCGGUAUUUCUGGUCAACCUGGCUGUCAGUGAUUGUUUGGUGGGACUGGGAGUCAUGCCCUUCGUUGUCCUGUCGGUGUUUUACCAGGAUUGGAACAAAUACAAUGAUCUGUGCCUCUACGUGGGUUACACCUCCUCAGUUUACUGCACAGCCUCAGUGCUGACUCUGGCAGCCAUUGCACUGGACCGGUACCAUGCCAUCAUCGACUGCUUGCAAUAUAACUCUCAGAGCACCGUGCGCCGGACAGUUGCCACAGUGGUCUGGAUCUGGCUGCAGUCAGCCCUCAGCAGCUGCCCGCCGUUGCUGGGCUGGGGCCGCUUCGGCUACUCUCCCGCUGGUUACAGCUGCUCGGUGGAGUGGGCCCACAGCCUGAGCUACACGGGCUUUGUGGCCAUCUUCUCCUUCCUGCUGCCCGCCUCCGUCAUGGUCUUCUGCUAUGCCCGCAUCGUCAAGGUGGCCCGGGGUCAUGCAAAGCGAAUCCAUGACAUCGAGAGCCAACUGCAUCGCCAUGGAAACCCCGGCGACAGGCCCAGCGACAGGCCUACGUUUACGCAGCUGAUCUGCAGUGUUGACUCACGAGGCUGUGAAGAGACCCAGACUCAGGCCCAGGGCAGGGCUCGGGCAGGGGGCCUGAGCAAGAGACCCGACAUUUUCUCCCGGUGUGGCUCCCCGGGCCGGGAGCACCAUGGCGCUUUCCGCCUCUUCCUGGUGAUCUUCGCCUUCUUCUGCUGCUGGGUGCCAUACGAGAUUGUGGGCCUGGUGCGGGCUGUGGAGGCAGCGGCACUGAGAGCAAGCGAUACCCGGGCCUCCCCUUCUGCCUCGCCCUCCCGGGUCCCCCCUGCUCUAGUGACCGCUGUACACUGGCUGGCCCUCCUGAACUCGGACAUUAACCCGCUGCUGUACGCCCUGCUGAGCCGGCGAUUCCGUAAGGCCCUGCGGCAUUGGCAGCGCAGGCUGGAGGCCAAGGUAUGGCUGACAGGCCCGAGGCUCCGGCGAGAGGAGGGGGCCAAGGCCACUGGAGGAGGAGGUGCUGCCAUCUCCCUCUUUCUGCCCAACCCAGGCACCGAGCAGAAGCGGAGCAGCUCCAAUGCUACUGCCAUCAGCCAGCUCAGCCCUCAGCACCGGCUCCAUGCCCGCUCCUGCUCUGUCUUCUCCGUCAGCUCCUUCCCUCAGGAUCGUUCGCCCUUCGAUGCCUCAGCUGACUCUCCGCUCUGUCUCCUGCCCGAACGGACGUCAGAAGAGCCCGGAGGUCGACAGAGCGAGAUUCCUGGUGCCCGCUACUUAAAUGUGCCCCAGCAUGUGCCGCCAGAGACGGACACCAUGUUGCUGUCAUCUCCAGUUCUCAGUGAGAAAUCCACAUCCACAUUUGUAUUCGGAAAGAUCACAGUGAAGGUGGAAAGCAACACCGUUGUCGAGUUAUAGGUGCUGGAACAUUGCCCGCCUGUACUUGAACCUUUGUAUCUGCCACUUGGGUUUGGCUUCCCUCCUGCACUCCAUGGACGUGUCAAAGCAAAUGAGUGAACUUUCAGAGGGUUGGGUAUUGUAUCACUCACUGAUUGUACAGGUAGACAUGCGCUCCUGUUUGUUAGUACAGGUAGACACAUGCCCCUCACUGAUGGUACAGGCAGACAUGUACCCCUCACCGGUGGUACAGGCAGACACAUGCACUUGCUUCCAGGUGCAGCUGACAGCCCAUAGCCAUAAGCACAAGGGGCCUGUCUUACACAGGGCCCUAUGGCCUAAGAGAGAGAAACGAGAUCAAAGAGACAGAAUCAAGAAGAAAGGGUAUUACCUGCAUAAGGUUGAUAUUUAGGGAAAGACUAAAUGCUCCAUCCCCUCCUGCUACAUCCUAUACUCCCAUCCCACUCCCCACUGACAUGUAACCUUGCCUGGGAGAGGCAAACACACAGAAAAUAAAACCACAAUGAGGAUUUCAGAAAGUUACAUUUGCCACCAAUUCUUACUGAAUUCAACCAAGGUCUCAGAGCAGGUGUGCAAACUAUCUUUAGUAAACCAAUUUGUCAUUGGUCAGUGAUUGCUGCAGAUUUAAAUGACUGUGCAACACCUCAACCCCCUACUGUCAGAUACUGACAGAACGCCCCUGGUGCUCACCUUCCACCCUACCAACCUUCGCAUAAACCAAAUCAUCCGCCGACAUUUC